AGUAAGGCAUGUGACGCACACCUUUGCUCAGAGACAUUUCAUCAGUGAAGCAUUGGACCUUUUGCCAAAAGUGAACAAACUCAUAAUGAUGUUACUUGGAUCACAUUUCAAUAGUAAACCUUCUGUUGGGACAAUAUCUCAGCAAGUGUACAGCUCCUCUGAACCCCAAAAUUCCCUGCCUACAUGGAUAACCCAGGCCUUAUGUGACCUAGCACAAGGUGAGAAAGAACUCCACCGACUUACAGAGAAGCAAACAGCUGAAGUGGAUGAAGUGAACCAGAGCCUUGAUUCUGCAAUUUUUGGUGCUCAGAAAGAAGAGCGCCGUCUGUUGGAGAAGGUGGAGAAAGACCAUCGGGACUUCCAACAUAGACUGCAACAGCUCAAAAGAGAAAAUGCAGCAGCAGCUCGAGUAGGCCAAUCCUUGGUUGACCGUCAGCUGCGGAAGAUGGGCCAGCUUAAGGAACAAAUUCUUAUGUGGGGUAGAUGCCCCACUGGACCCAACAAAAGUCAGUUGCAGAGAGGAGUUAAAGAAUUAAUGCAACCCUGGGAGAUCUCUCUUUCCCUGAAAAGAGUCACAUUCCAGCCCAGUCCCAAGUCAAAUGUUAUUCAGUUUGGGGAGAUUAAUGUCCAAGAACACAGCUUGACUUUUCCAGUUGGAGUCUGUGGACCACAGGGGCAAAAAUGUGCUCUCCACACUGGAAAGAUAUCACUUGACAAUCAUGUGGCUGUAUCAGAACAACUUUGUGCCCCAUGUAAUAGUGGUGGAGAAAAAGAAUCAUCAAAGACAAAUAGUGGAAGCAGCCGUGUUGUCAGAAAGAUUCGCCUAUCAACAGCUAAAGAUGAUGUGUUAGGUGAGAAGGUAAAGACAACCAACCCAAGAACAUAUAAGGUUUGGCCACGUAAGCAAAAUACCUCAGAAUCCUCUCAGGAUGAGGACUCAGAAUUGCUUGGUUCUGACUCACGUGGAGAAGACCUGUUCCUUGCAAUUGAUACAAUGUCAAGCCAAGGAGAACUGGAGGCAGAAAGCCCUGUAUCUGAACAAAGUGAAAUCAGAAGGCAUUCUUUUUCUAAAGGCCAAUGGAAACAAAGAGUCCUUGUUCCGGUUUCAAGCCAAGAGCCAUCCUGUCCACCAGAGGAAAGUAGGCCUGAGGACUGUGGUGGAAACCAUGGAUUCCAAAGAGAAACACCACCUCCAAUGACAUCUUUUGCAGGACCUAAAUCGAGUUAUAGCUGUGUGGAUCUCUCUUGCAAAGACCAACCACAGUAUGGUCAAAGCUUUGGUGGACCAAGACGAUCCCCUUCCCCAGCAGACAGCAUGGAUUCCAGUUAUACCUACACUAUCAAGUCUGCCAGUAGCUGCAGUGGCUCCCUAAAAGGAGAAAAGCAACAUUCUAUCUCCACCGCUGACCUGUCUGCCAGGGGUCGCCAAUUAAUGAACGGAAAAGACAAGAUUCAGAAGAAUUUAAAUCAGAACAAUUUAACUAGGCCCCAGGGUCAAAGCCUUAAAAGAGCUGAAACAUUGGAUUUAAAAGACCAUCAUCUGAAAGACAGCUGUGAGAGCUCCAAAACAGUAUCUCGGUCUUUGUCAAUGUCUGAAAUAGAAGGAAGAGGAAGAGGAACCAAAGCUGAACAUAAUGGAGACAGAAGCAAAAAAGACCGAGGAGGCUCAGGCCUGCCAAAGGUUGUGGAAGAGGGACGAACACUAAGAGUGGGACUUUUGGUAAAGAAAUUUGGUAAGCAGGGCUCAGGACGCACUGACUUCACUUUGCCUAGUGGAGUUCAUGCCACAGCUCAAGGUCAACUGUUUGUGGUGGACUGUGGAAAUGUCCGUGUGCAGGUAACAGACCUACAGAAGAACAUCGUGCAGCAGGUGACUCUACCAGCAGUUGACUCUACCUCUCGACACUGUCGUAAUUUUUUUGAUGUUGCUGCUAACUCCAAGGGCUUGAUAGCACUGACAUGUGCUGCAGAACGUGCUGUGCUGGUCUUUAACCGCCAUGGUCGCCUCUUGCAGACCUUUGGGGGCUCUGGUACUCAGCAAGACUUUGAGGCUCCAAGAGGUGUCACCGUGACAAGGCUAGAUGAGUUUCUAGUUGCCGAUAUUCGGCGUGGCACUUUGACAACUCUUAAACUUGACCCUAAAACAGGAACCAAGAUAGAGCGCACCGUAGUCACAGGAUUUCACAGGCCCUAUCUGGUAGCAGCAUGUCUCACUACAGGCCUCAUGGCUGUGUCUGAGAGGGGCAAUGAAACUGGACGCGCAGCUUGUAUAAGGGUGCUGGAACCUGGUUGGAACACCAUUCGCACCUUGGGUGUAUGCUCUGGCAUGGGACCUGUGCUUACCAGUCCUUGGGGUAUAUGCAUUGAUGUAGAUGGAAAUGUUCUUGUGGCAGACUGGGGCAAGCAGCAUCGUGUGGUGCUGUACCCUGCAGUUGGUGUGGGUCGGGAAAUUGUCACCCAAGGCCUUAGCAGCCCUAGAGGCCUUGCUUUGCUGCCUGAAGGUCAUCUUGUGGUCUCAGAUAGCAUGAACCAUUGCAUUAAGAUUUACCGCUACAAGUAGUGCUUGUACCCCAGUCAAUACUUGCUAAGGGAUUUAAUUGCAGUUUUCUGUCCUGAGUUGGAUUCAUUUAAAAAUCAAAAAUGUACAAACUUCCUAAAUCAGGCAUUAAACUAAAGAAUGAUAUAUUUAAAGAUAUAUUUAAAAAAAAAUUAAGAUUCAUGCAAUAUACAGUUUGUGUAAGUUUUUGAAUGAUUGUUUAUUGUGAUUACUAUUUCUGUCCAAUUCUUUAAUAUUCCCAUUCUACUAAUAUUUUUUAUAUGCUCAUAUUACUGAAAAUAGUCAAAUUGUUUACGCAUUAUUACAUAAUCUGAUUCGUUCAGCUGUAAGUUCUGUUUUGUCAGAACAACUCCAUGAAUUUGAGCAUACAUAUCUGUUACAUACAAAAUUAUUAGACAGUUUAGACAUUAUGUAAGCGUAUACAAGAUAUUACAGAACAAAAUGUUGUGAAAUACAAGUAUCAGGAUCUAAAAUACUGUGUCUUGGGCAAACAAAUUUAUUCAUGUAAUCAUAUUAUCUAUUGGUUGUCAUUUCGCUGAUAUAUACAAUUUACAGGAAUUGUGUUUGAUUUAAACACUACUG